AUGGAUCCUAAAAUCAUACAACUUCCCGCAGGGCCCAUCAGAGUAAUCCCAUUUUAUGACACUCUUAUACAUGCCCGGGGUAUUCCCUACGCAAAAGCCUCUCGGUUUCAAGUCCCUCAGCCCACCGAGCCCUGGACCGAUGUCCUGGAUUGUACAACUCGCGCACCAAUGUGCCCUCAGCUACCAUCAAGGUUGGAAACGGUCAUGGGCCCACUGACAAAGGGUCAUGGCAUGGACGAAGACUGCCUGCGCUUAUCUAUAACCGCGCCACAAAACGCGACCCAGGCACCAGUCAUGGUCUGGCUGCAUGGUGGCGCCUAUAUUUCUGGAUCGGGAGACCUGGACUGCUACCAGGGAGUUGACCUUGCGAGACGUGGGAUUGUCUGCGUAAAUAUCUCGUACCGUCUCGGGGUUUUCGGGUAUCUUCGCUUGGAGGGCAUUGCGCCCGCUAACCUAGGAUUGUUGGAUCAACGCGCUGCGUUGCGAUGGAUCCAAGAGAAUAUUGCGACUUUUGGUGGAGAUGCAAAGAAUAUCACUCUGGUUGGACAGUCUGCAGGUGCAGAUUCGAUUAUCUGUCUGAUGGCCGCCGAGAACACAAUUGGCCUGUUUCAUCGAGCUAUACUACUCAGCCCACCGCUACGAGAAUUGAAAGAACGGACACCUACAGGGCCACUAGUUACGGAAAUGGCCGAAAAGCUUUUUACGAAGGACCCAAGAGAUAUGUCGGUGGAUGAGUUGCUUCAAGUUCAGAAGACACUGUUGAUGAACCCGGUGCGGAAGCAAAUCAUGCUGUUUGCACCGAACCUGGGAUUUGAUCCAUUGCCAAAGGAGCAGGACUUUGACCGGAGAAUUAAAGAAGUAAUCCAGGACAUUCCAAUUCUGAUCGGAUGGACCGCCCAUGAUGGUCGCCCAUUUUCGAGUAUGAUGGCUCCACAAAGCCUACUUCAACUUCCGGUGAUUGGGCCGUAUGUGGAAGCCUUGGGGACUUGGUAUAUCACCCAAAGCUAUUUCAAGUGGCCAGCACUGCAAUUUCACGAACAGGCUUUGCGAGCAGGUUGUACAUCGACAAGUUACUCAUUUGCAUGGACUGCUGAUGACAACGCCUGCGGCGCCUGCCACUGCAUUGAUAUCCCCUUUGUACUCGGGGUGUGGGAUGCAUGGAAGAACGCUCCUAUGCUGAAAGGGGGAAACGCCCAAGAGGAUGUAUCUCGCUUAGGAUCGGAGCUUAAAGAUUUGUGGGUGGACUUUAUGAACGGAAAGGCACUGAAAGCUGGGCAUAUUGAAAUCUUGAAGACAAUCAGAUAG